UUUGCUUUCUGACUCGGGUGCCUAACCUGUUAAAGCAGAAGACGUUUGAGUUUUUUUUGUUUCAGAAAACCUACAAUGACCAUGUUCUUGCUCUGCCUGUUCGUAAACUGCGUCUUGAUUCAGAUACCAUAUGUGUUGUGUCAAACAGUCCUGACCCAGACGAACUCGGUCACAGCGCAACCAGGAGAAACGGCAAGAAUGAGCUGCGAUAUAGGACAAGGGAAGGACAGCAAGGUGUUAGGGUUCUACAAACAGGCAGUUGGGGGUGUCCCCCAGCUUGUCCUGUACCACCAUCACAGCUGGGGCUCUCCUAGCUAUGGUCCGAACUUCUCGUCCGACCGGUUUUCCGCCGACAAGAACAGCGCAGGAACCGUCUACGAGCUGAUCAUUUCCAGAACACAGCCGAGCGACGCGGCCGUGUACUACUGCGGGAAAUGGGUUUACGCAGAGAGCAGAUUUGUAACACAAAAUCCUCCUCAUUCCAAGAAGUCACCUGUCCCGGCGGAAGAGCUGGACAAAGGGAAGGCCACGUUGGUGUGUCUGGCCAAUAAGCUGUCCGUGGGGCUCGCUGACGUCAUCUGGACAGCCAAUGGGAGCCCAGUGAGCGGCGGGAUCCUGACCAGCCCCGCCUCCCCGCAGACUGACGGCACCUUCAGCCUGAGCAGCCUGCUAAGCGUGACCCCCGCCGAGUGGAGCAGCGAUCGCCUGUUCUCCUGCACGGUCUCUCAGCAGAUUCAAACCAGACAAACACUACAGCAGCAGCCGCUGUACGAGGACAACAUUUUUCUUUGGCUCCUGAUUUGAUGUGAAAGUGUUGGGUUUUUCUUCCUGGUUAGUAUGAAUUUCUUAUAUGGACUAUUUUUCUUUAUAAUUAUGAGGUUGAAACUGCCUACUGAUGACUGACCUGAAGUUGGUUGCUUUGCAAUUGCUUCCUGUUGCUUGCUUUUGCUAUUAAAAUCGUUUUUAGAGAUGA